GGAUAAAAAAAAAAAGGGAUGCAAAGGUUUGUUUCUCUAAGACUCUCAAACCAACCAACCCCCCUGACAAUGAGCAUGGGCCAAUCAACAAUAGAAACGCAGCUCGAACAAUUCCGGUCCGAUAUACUCAGAUCUGCCUUUUUUUUCAUGCACAUACAAAUUUAUUGCUUACUAUGUCUAUCAACCCUACCCUUUCUUUAUGUUCUAUAUCAGCAUAAAGAAGGAGAUAGAAAAGAUGAUCUAUUUUGACUCAUAGUUUGUAAUGUCUUCUAAAAAAAAAAAACUCAGUUUACCCGUUAUUUUAAUCCAUGCGUGAGAAAAGAUAUGUGAUUUCUUCUUUCUUUAUGACGAGAAAUAUCAUUGUACUUGGGGCUGGUGUUAGUGGCCUGUCUACUGCCAUUACUCUUUUAAGAAAUGGACAUAAAAAUGUGAGGGUUGUAGGCAAACAUUUACCUGGAGAUAUUUCAUCCGAAUAUACUUCUCCUUGGGCAGGAGCAUCUAUUCUUACUUUUGCUAAACAAGAUGAUACUCGCUCUCAAGAGAUUGAUGCAUAUACUAUGAAGGAAUUUAAGCGAUUGGCAGAUGAAGAACCUGAGGCCCAUGUCAUGUAUUGUCGUGGUGUCAAAUACUCUGAAGAACCCGGUACUCCUGGGGAAGAUAUGUACUGCGUUCGCAAAAUAUAUCGAAAUGUCGAGGAAAUCCCUCAAGACCAAUUGAUUCCUGGUACAGUUUAUGGCUAUACCUUUGAAACUUUCACUGCCAAUGUACCUAAAUACUUGCAAUACUUGGUAAAGAUUUUGAGAAGUUUAGGUGGCCAGAUUGACAGAAAAUCAUUUAAAAGUGUUCAACAAGUCAUUGAAGAAUACAAGGAUGCUUAUGCUGUCAUUAAUUGCACUGGUUUAGGCUCUUAUUAUCUUGAAGAUGUUAAGGACCAUACCAUGUAUCCUAUACGCGGGCAGACUGUACUUGUUCGAGCACCUCAUAUCAAGACUCAACAUUAUAUUGAUGCUGAGAAUCGCUGGACUUAUAUUAUCCCUCGAGAUGAUGGCAAUGUUAUUUGUGGUGGCACGGUAGACCGCAACAACACACAAACAUCACCCGACGAUGCUAUUACCAAAGACAUUCUUGAGCGUGUGUAUCGAUUAAACCCUGAAUUGACACAUGGUAAAGGUGUAGAUCAUUUUGACAUUGUCUCAGUCAAUGUUGGAUUUAGACCAGGCCGUAAAGAUGGUAUUCGACUUGAAAAAGAAAUAAGACGUCGCUCUACUGGUGAACAAGUGAUCUUGUGCCACAAUUAUGGCCAUAGUUCGGGUGGCUACCAAUCAAGUUGGGGUUCAGCUGUCAAAGUACUUGAAUUGCUUAAAAGUGAACGUAUUUCUAAAUUGUAAUCCCUCUGAAUAAAACAAUGAAGCAGUUAUUUGAUGAUGAU